AUGCGCAUUCUUCACAUAAUCUCAGCUCUCGUCGUGGCCGCCAUCCCAGUGACGGCUCUGGGCGCCAUCCCCUUUGUCAAGCUAUAUGCAGCAGCUCUCAAGGGCAGAGUCAGGGGGAAGCCCAGAGAAUACCAGCCCCACGAGUGGGCAUUUGAGCAGAAGUGCACGAACAUCAGGCUCGUUGGGCACGGGAUAAAGGGGCAGACGACACUCCAGGCAGUCUGUGUUGACCACUGGAAGCGGAGGUGGUUGACCGAGCUGAAUCUCAACCGAUGCCUCAGCAUGGUCCAGGGCGAAUUUGCCUACUACGCUUGGGCCAACCAGACUUUCGACGCAGCGUGCUACGACUGCAAGCUGUUCCAUUCGGACGAAGACCAUACACUGAUGUUCGCGUGUGCGUGCCUCGACGCCAACUGCGACCUGCAGCCAAUAUCCGCCCAGCUCGGCGGAGAGAGCCUGCAUGCCGCCUACGUGAAGCCGUCCGAGGGGAGGUUUGUUUGCGGCGCCGAGAAGGGGACUAAGGAAUUCGUGGCGAACGGGUCCAUCGCAAUGGGAUGGCUGAGGAUCCCCGAGUAAGAGGCAGGGAUAGAUAUGCUAUGGGGGUUCAUGGUGCGGGCUUUUUGGAUAGUUGAGGUUCGUUGACGUACUAAUCGUAGUGUCAUGUUUUGCUGAGACCAAGAUUGUGAGAAGAGUGAUGCAUGUUCCAGUGGGGUUUGACCUGUGUUUUUUGAAUCGGGCCAUUUGUUUGGUUAUCG